UCAUCACAAAAAGAAGAAUAAAAAACAAGUUUUCUGUUAACCUACUUAGUUUCAAAUUAAUUUUUUAAUCAGUCAGUUAUUCUAAAAAUACGUUUAUAGAAAUGGAGUGUGUGAUAGAAUAUCUAAAAUCUGUUAAAGAUUCUUUGGCAAAUCUGGAAAAUGUACAAAACAUCCACAUAGUGUUAGGAAACGAAUCAUGUGACAUUGAUUCCAGCGUAUCUGCAAUUCUGAUAGCAAACUAUUAUAACAAACACAGACCAGAUUUUAUACCUAAGGAUGCGAUAGUAGUACCUGUCCAGAAUGUUUCCAAAGAAGGUUUUCUUUACAGAAAUGACAAUUGCUAUUUGUAUAAUACAAAUGGAUUGCCUUUAGAUGUUUUAGUUUAUAGAGACCAGAUAAACUUUGAGGAACUGGUAAAAACUAAAAACGUCACUGCAACUCUGGUGGACCAUCAUGUUUUAACAGAAAAAGACAAAAUAUUGGAGGAUGCAGUAAUACAAGUUUUAGAUCACAGACCGGAAGAUCCAUAUUGUUGUUGGGAUUACUCUAGAGUGAAAGUUAGGAUCCAGACUGUUGGAUCUUGUUGCACACUCGUGGCUGAUACUAUAUUUGAAUGUAGAGACUAUGAUUUAUGUGCAGACUUAGCUUAUAUGUUAUAUGCCACAAUAAUAUGUGAUUGCAAAGCAUUCAGUCUAAAAUCGAAAAAAGGAAAAUAUUUGGACAGCUUGAUAGCAGAAUUCCUUGAAGACAAAUACAACUUUAACAGAGACGGGAGAGGGGAUCUUUUUAUGAAAAUUAAACGCCUGCGUUCUGAUGUAUCGCAUCUAAAACCAAUUCAGAUACUUCAAAAAGACACCAAAAUUAUAGAGGGAGUACCAGUACCCUCAAUGCCAAUAAGCGUUCAAGAUUUUCUAAAACUAGAUGGUCUAGAAGGUGGUUAUAAAGCGCUAGAACGCUUUGCAACCGAGUCAAAGGCACUUUGUGUUGUUUUAAAGGGCUCAAACGCUGGCAAAUCAGAAAUAGGGAUUUUCUACACGCCGGAAGGUGAGCAGCUAAAAGAAAAAAUUCUGCACAGGCUACUAAAUAGCAAGCAGUACAAAGGUUAUGAUUUCGAAUUUACUGAACUCAAAACGGAAUUUAAAAAUGUUGUCUUACUGAAUCAGGGAAAUCGAGAAUGGACCAGAAAACAGUUAAUGCCAUUGAUAAAGGAUGCUGCGAUAAGUGAAAACUCAGGCUAAAACCACAAGUUCAAGUUCAUACCAAACCCUUCUUUUAGUACUUCAACGAUAAAAUGUCGAAAUAUACUAACCUAGAAUGACAAUUAUAAUUUUACCCCUUGACAUUGUGAAAGUAAGCAAAUAGCCGUUAAGAAUAUAUAUAAUGUUCUGAGUUCUAUGUAUAAUAAUCACGAUAGAGAGAAUUCGACAAACUAUGACGCACUGAAAGAAGGGUUUGGUGUGAACUUUAUCUGUGUUGUUGGUUUUAAAUACGAAGAAAGGUUAGUAUAGUGGAGUAAUAUAAAGGAUCGUUUAAACACAGCGAUAAAUCAAACAACUUAUCAAGGUCAAUCGAGUUGUUGCAACUUAUCAUUGUGUGUAAACGGUGCAUCGCACAACUUAUCAAAGUUGGAGUUGGGUUGAAGGUGGUAUCGCAUUGAAUCGCAGCGUCUAAACAGCGUUUCAACUUGUCAUCACAACUAGUUGCUGUGACUUGUCGUUGUGUUUAAACGACGCUUUAGACAACGGCAACUGUAAAUUUGUUUUCAUGUAAUUUUGUAUUUGUAACCUAACCUAACAUAACCUCUUUCAUGUCUCUCUCAUGACUUUUUCAUUCAUAAAAUCAACAUGAAUUGUCUUGGAUUUAUUUAAUUUAAUUCUCUACUGCUUUGUUCGGUCUACAAUUUGUUUUAACUAGUUUUUUUUAAGUAUUUUAUUGUUUUUAAGUGAUUUUUCAAUUAUUAUAGGAGCUAGGAGUUAUCAGCAAAGUUAUUCAUAGUAUUCUGGCUUCUUUUUUUGUAUCAUAUUUAUGAUACUCUCCUGCGGAACAGAUUUAUUUUGUCUCAAAUCAGAAUAUAUUUUUCUUUUUGCUUUUUUCUAAAGGUUUUAUUUGACAUAUUUGACACUUUUGUGCACCGAUAUUCUUUAUUUAAUGUGUGAUAACUACUUUUCUUUGUUUUGUAUAGACUUUUACGAAAAAUUUGCUGUAACGCAGGUGAUUUCUUUAUGUGUAGAGUUAGGAACAUGCUGUAUGAUAGAUUUUUCGUUGAAGAACAUUGAAAUAAACAACACUGUUACGUUUUCUGAGAUCUUUUCAUUGAUAAAGUGUACUGGGUUCAUUUAUUUCGAUUAUCAACAGCUUUGUACAGUAUUCGAUUUGUUUUUAUGUAAUCUUGUCACUAAUAGACGGAGAGGCAGCGCUGAAAAAUCUCUUUGAAUUUACUAAAGCUAGAUUUUUCACAGUUGAUUACUGUGAUUGUGUACAGAAACAUACUGCGGUCGGUCAAGCGAAACGUAGAACAGGGGUUACUGAGAGGGUAUCAAAGUUGCUUUCCUACGAAGGUAAUUAAAUCCAUUUACUAAGGCUGAAAAUCAGUACACACAUUCUAAAUUGAAUAUAAAUAACAGUUAUUAUAGUCGGUCAGCUGUAUGACGGGACAGAGCCGGUCGGUCGGCCCCAAUGAAUGUACAGGGUUAUUCACUAUAUUUUGACCCCCUUGUAAACUGCUUUAUUUACAGAAUUAGAAAAAAAAUGUAAAAUACAAAAGUUAUUCGAUUUUUUAAUUAUGAUUUUUUGACGUAUAUAUCGUACUAGUGACGUCAUCCAGUUGGGCGUGAUGACGUAAUCGACUAUUUUUUUAAAUGAGAAUAGGGGUCGUGUGCUAGCUCAUUUGAAAGGUUAUUCAAGUCUCUAUACAGUACUAUAAACAUUAAAAUCAUUAUUUUUACAGGGUGUCCAAAAACAUUUUUUGAAUUAAUAAUUAAAAAAUGAAUUGAAUUAAAAAUUUUUUUUUGGACAACCUGUAUAAUUAAUCAUGUUAAUGUUUAUAUUACUAAAUAGGGAAUUGAAUAACCUUUCAAAUGAGCUAGUACUCUACCCUAUUCCCAUUAAAAAAAAAUAGUCGAUUAUGGCAUCACGCCCAAAUGUAUGACGUCACUAGUACGAUAUAUAUGUCAAAAAAUCGAAUAACUUUUGUAUUUUACAUUUUUUUCUAAUUCUGUAAAUAAAGCAGUUUACAAGGGGGUCAAAAUAUAGUGAAUAACCCUGUACAUUCAUUGGGGCCGACCGACCGGCUCUGUCCCGUCAUACAGCUGACCGACUUUAAUAACUUUUAUUUAUAUUUAAUUUAGAAUGUGUGUACUGAUUUUCAGCCUUAGUAAAUGGAUUUAAUUACCUUCGUAGGAAAGCAACUUUGAUACCCUCUCAGUAACCCCUGUUCUACGUUUCGCUUGACCGACCGCAGUAUGUUUCUCUACACAAUCACAGUAAUCAACUGUGAAAAAUCUAGCUUGAGUAAAUUCAAAGAGAUUUUUCAGCGCUGCCUCUUGGACUAUAACCUCACAUAACCUAUUUCAUGUUUUUGGUCUCAGACAUACAUUUUGUGUGAUUUUUCAUUCCUAAAAUCAAGCUAAAUGUUGCUGGAUUUGUUUAAUUUGAUUCUCUACCGCUUUUUUCGACCAGCAGUUUAUUUUCCCCAAUUUUUGUAUGUCUUUUAUUGUUUAAGUGAUUAUUCAAGCUAAUUGUCUUUGUUUUGUAUUGUCUUUUACGAGAAAUUUUUGCAUUAACGUAGAUGAUUCGUCAUGUGCAGAGCAAGAAGCAUGUUGUAUGGUAUAUUUUCUGCUAAAAAAUGCCGAAAUAAACAAACUACUAUUUUUAUGACAUUGAAAAGAAACUGGUUUGUUUUGUUCUUUAUUGACUUCACUAUUAGGAUUGCUAUGAAGAGUGUCGAAUAUUACUACUUUUUUAAAUGUAAUUAUCGUAUACCAUUCGCAAAACCAACUGAACACCCAAUAAUAGGUAUCUACGAAGAAGAAAACGCACAUGUUAGAAUCGAAUUGUUAUUGUAUUCGUUGCAUAGGCGUAACCAAAGGGUGGUUUUGGGGGUUAUAACCCCCCUUUUUGGAUGUACUUUGAGCUCUAUACGCUUAACACCAUUAUUAUUCCAUACCCCCCAGAGACCUUCAAGUAGACGUAACCCCCCCUCUUAGGAUCAUCCUGGUUAUACCUCUGAUUCGUUGUAUUGGAUUUGCAAAUCCAAUAAUCAGCAAUACUUAUGGUUAAUGUUAUGUUAAUUGCUAAUCCCAUAUAAUCAUCAUGCAACCUCUUCCGUCCACUGCUGGACAUAGGUCUCCCCCUUUUUUCGCCACUCUCCACGGUUCUGUGCGUCUUGUUGCCAUUUCUUGGACAUUAGUUUAAUGUCGUCCAUCCAUCGUGUUGGUGGUCGUCCUCUGCUGCGUUUGUCUUCUCUUGGGUGCCGGACAAUUAGUUUUCUGGACCAUCUUGAGGCUUUUAGUCUCGCUACAUGACCUGUCCAAUUCCAUUUCAGCUUGGCUAUGCGUUCAAUGACAUCAGUGAUACCUGUUCGUUUCCUCAGGUCUUGGUUCCUUAUUUUGUUAUUUUUGUCACGCCGAGAAUCGAUCUUUCCAUGCGCCUUUGUGCCACUCUCAUUUUAGUGCUGUUGUUUUUGUGAGCGUGAGAGUUUCUGCUCCGAAUGUCAUAAUAGGAAGAACACAUUGGUCAAAUGUCUUUCGUUUCAUAGCUAUCGGGAUGUUGCCCUUAAAGAUGUCUCUUAGUGAACCAUACAAAUCUCUUAGUGAACUAUAGUGAAUUCCAUAUAAACAUAACAUUAACUUAAACAUGCCACAAGACAACGGUGUCACCUUAUUAAUCUUAAUCUUUAUGUUGUUCAGCCGGUUUGGCGAUGGCUACAAUAAUCCAGAUCUUUUUUUUUUAGCUUUUACUAACGCAGCAUUUAUAGUGCAAUAUUAUAUUUUGAGCUUUAUUUAUUUUUUUUGAUAUAUUAUGUAGUUGUUUUUCUGUGUUCUUAUAUUAGGCUAUUGAUUAUGUAUUUUAGAAAGGAACUACAACGUUAAUGGGGUUUUAUUGUUUCAUAUAGUCAAUGGACCUCUAAAUAUGAAAAAACCUCGGAGUGCUACCAUUUAAAGGGGUGCGUUUUUGAAAAAGGGUGAAUUAGUUCCUAGGCACAGGGCGAAUUAGUUUGAGUUCUAUGCACUUUUGGUGCAAAGACGUCUACAGGAAAAUUGUUCCAGGAUAAAUUUUCUAUCGAAAUAUCACAUCUUAAAGUCAAAAAUAUUUUUUGUUUACAAAAAUAUAUUCAAAAGAAAAGCAAGAGAAAAACACGAAAGAUAUCAAUUUUAUUUUCUGCCCCAUAACUUUUUUCCACGGGCAUAUAGGUAUAGGCAUUGCUUCACAGAAAAAAACUUCCAUCCUUCCUCUAUAAAAUUACGUUUAGCAGAAGUCCCUAUGAUUUAUAGUUUCCAAAAUAUGAUUUUUUAAAGUUCGCCACUCAGCGAUUUUGGGCCAUUUUCCUUGUUACUUCGAAAUCAUGGUUCUGUAACUUUUUCUACGCAGCUUUAGGUAUAUGCAAUGUUACAUUUAAUAAUAAGAAGAGACAAUUAUCUUUAAAAUGGUCUAUUGCAGAAGGCUGUGUGACGUGUGACCAUUUUUGAGCAAGAUAUGGUUUUUCAAACUUUUAUACUUUUAAUGAUUAUUGAUAUAUUUUACCAUUAUUUUUAAAUUUCUGAUAUUAUUUUUUUAAUGUAUAUUUAGGUAUAUACAUUGUGCAAUAAAAAAUAAAGUUUAUUUUCUUUACUUUAAAAUGGUGUAUUAUAAAAAAAUCUAGGACUAUUUUUAAAUAAGAUAUUAUGCUUUUUCAAAGUGUGACAUAUACACAUGCAAUAGGUCCAACUAAGUUGGAACCAUAUAGAAAACUUUUUUAUUAUUAACUUUAUGAAAAAAAAAUAUUCUUUAUAAAAUGCUCUGCAUAGUCUAAAACCUAAGAUUCAAUAAUCAAAUAUAAAAUUGUAUUAACAGUGUACGUGUAAUGUUAAAAAAUAUGAAUUUCGCUCAAGAGUAAAGUACCCUAUUUCACAAUAUAGAAAAGUGUUAUUAAGAAAAGUUAUUUGCAAUUAAAAAUUAUGUAAUAAUAUGUAAUUAUGUUCUUCUAAUUAAAAAAAUUAAAAAUGUUCUCAAAUUACGGAUACCCUUGGAUAUCCUACGCAUAUCUUGUUUAAAAAUAGUCCUAGAAUUGUUUGCAAUACACCAUUUUAAAGUAAAGAAAAUAAGCUUUUUUUAUUCUACAAUGUAUAUACCUAAAGGUACACGAAAAAAAGUCAUAAUAAGAAAGUUAAAAAAUAAUCACAAAAAAUAUCAAAAAUCGUUAAAAGUAUAAAAUCUUGAAAAAGCAUAACUUGCUUAAAAAUAGUCGCACAACCUUAUACAAUAGACCAUUUUAAAGGUAAUUGACUUCUCUUUCUAAUAAAUGUCCCAUUACGUAUACCUAGAAAUGUAUAGAAAAAAGUUACAGAACAAUGUUUGCGAAAUAAUGGGGAAAAUGGCCCAAAAAUGCUGUGAACGGCAAGUUUUGAAAAAUCCUAUUUCGGAAAUUAUAAAUCCUAGAGACUUCUACCAAACGUCAUUUUAAAGAAAAAUGAUGGAAGUUGUUUUUCGCUGAAGCAAUGCCUAUACCUAUAUUCAUGUGGAAAAAAGUUAUGGGGCAAAAAACAAAAUUGCUUUCUUUCGUGUUUUUCCUUGCUUUUCUUUUGAAUAUAUUUCUGUAAAAAAAUAUCUUUGACUUUAAGAUGUGAUAUUUCGAUGGUAAAUUUAACCUGAAACAAUUUUGCUGAAGACGUCUUUGUGCCAAAAGUGCAUAGAACUCACCCUAAUAAUUCAGCCUGUGCCUAGGGACUAAUUCACCCCUUUCUCAAAAACGCACCCAGCUAAAUGGUAGCACUCCGCGGUUUUUUCAAAUUUAGAGGUACAGUGACCAUAUGAGACAAUAAAAUCCCGUUAACGUUGUAGUUCCUUUUAGCUCUCUUAUUUUGAACAUAAUCAAUAGCCUAUAUGUUAUAUUUUACAGAGAAGAAGCUGCAUACAAUUUGGUUCUUUCUAUUGUUUAAAAACAAAGUAUUGCGCUUAAAGCUACCCCUAGAUUGACUAAUAGCCAUCAAUAAAUUCUAUAACAAACGAUAUUGUACAAUAUGAAUUGUCUGUAGACGUUUUUAAUCAGAUUAAUCAAUAUGGUGCAAUAAUAUACAUUGAUUGUAGCUAUUACAGAAAAACUAUUGCAAUAUAAUUGAUAUUGUGUAAAACUUUGUGUAUAAUAGUGAAAGGAAAUGGAACAACAAGCACUAAUGUGCAAUAAUAUUGACUGUCUCUAAGCAUUACUGAAAAACUAUUGCAAUAUAGGUAUUGGAUAUUGUGCUAUAAUGAAUGGAUAAUUCUGAAAAGUUAUUGAAUAAGUGAUAUUGUGUAAUAAUAUGGAAUCUCUAAAGAUGCGUGGUGGGAAAGAAUCUACUUAGAUGCAAUAUUACAAAAAAUAUGUUGACAAAUAUAAACGUUUUUAUUAAUAUGAAUAACUACUUGUUGACGCACUUGUCAUGCCAACAGGUAGUUCCAACCUUUAACAUUAAACAGAUGCAAUAAGAAUUAUUGUAAUACCAACAUAUAUUAUUGCACAGUAUCACUUGUGCUAUAUGUGAGUAUUAUCUAAGCCUUAUGUAUUGCCGGAUAGCUCUUGUUAUGAUAUAAUAUAUAUUUAGUAUGUCCGGCUGGCAGUCUAUAUUAUUGCACAAUACCACUUGUGUUAUAUUUCGGUGUGAUUAGUGUUGGAAAAUUUUCGAGAAUGAAAAAUCGGAGAAUAUUCUUGAUAUGGAGAAUUUUCUGAGAAUGGACCCUAUGACGCGCUUAGGGAUAUUGUUAAAGAUGAAAUAGGGUAUUAAAAAUCAUGAAAUUAUGUACAAAAUUAUGAGACGAAACAAUAGUGUUCUUUAUCUAUAAAGAAAUACAAAAACAAGAGAGAACACAAAAUUUAUUUCAUAAAAAUUGUUUCUUCUUAACAGCCAAUAAUUGAUGUGGUGAAAGGGAUGAGGCCUCUGAUUCAGAAUAUAUUUCUAUAAUUAGCUCAUCCUGGUCAUCUACAUUCUACAUUUCAAUGUAGUGAUGAGAAGUUGUGUGAUUUGGUUUUUCAAUAGUCGCCAGUUCAGUCAUGGAUUGGUCUACGUCUAACAAUUUUAAAUUGUGAGCAAUAAAAGUUACCUUACCAGCCUGUUCAGCAGUAAGCCGGUUUCUUUUAGAGGAGUGGCCGAUUGGAUAAAACCAUAAGUACUGAAACUUCAGUCGCUACACCGGAUGAAGGCGUGUUUAUAUAUCAACUGCUUCCAUAUUUUCCAACUGUCCACCAUAUUUUAUGAUUGGAUCUAGUUUGUCGACUGAUUUUGCAACGUAUGGUUUUUCCAUACCUCCUUCCAAAAAAUCCCUCCUUAGACGGAUAAAGUGCUAAAUCUGCCAUUAUUUCAGUCGAGUCAUCACUAUAUUUUAAAGUCGCUAAAUUAUCUAUAAAUUCAGUUCCCUCAACUUGUUUUUCUCUGCUUAAAUGGAACACCAUUCUAAAUAUUUGCACGUUAAUAUAGCACCAUAAGAAUAAAUACUAACACUGUAAACACCCCAGCUAGUAGUUCAUGGGAUUCCCUAGCCCCAGCUACUUCAAUAUACAAAUUUUUUAAAUUACAAUAAUUUUACUCAUAUCUAGUUAACUAUUUUUUAUGGGAAAUAAGCCACAAUUUUACCAAAAAAAUGAUUUUAUUAACGUUUCGAAACCCAAAUCGGGUUUCGUUGUCAAAAUACAAAAUACUACUAAAAUAAAUAUUGAAUAUAAUAAGGAACGCAACUCAUAAAGUCUUCUACUUUAAAAUGUAUAAUAUACGUCUGAAUUGCCAAUAUAAAUGAGUCAGAUUAAAUAAAUUAUUAGAAGAAUUUUUUUACUUAGCAACAACAUUUUUGUUUAUUUUAGUAGUAUUUUGUAUUUUGACAACGAAACCCAAUUUGGGCUUCGAAACGUUAAUAAAAUCAUUUUUUUGGUAAAAUUGUGGCUUAUUUUCCAUUAAAAAUAGUUGAUUAUAAAAAUGCCACAAGGAAAUAGCUUCAGAACAACAUCAUAUCUAGUUUUUAUUUUUAUUUCGGUUUUUAUAAAUAUAGAAAAUUCUCACCGAGAAUUUUCUGGCCGAGAAUAUUCUCGUUCUCGAGAAUAUUCGUUUGAGAAUAUUCUCUUCUUACAUCACUAGGUGUGAUCUACAUACAGUCUUAUUUAUUGCACAAUAUCACUUAAUCUCGUUGACAUAUUGUGUCUUCUGGAUACUGCAAUAUUGUUUAAAUUAUAUUUAGAAAAUCUCCUAAUAAAACAGUUUACUUUUUAUUCGAAUUUAGUUAUUAUGGAUAUGCCAAUAGGUAUGGUAUUACCUUGCUUUAUUCAAAUUAAAGUUUUUAAACAAUAGAAAAUCAAUCUCUCAAAAGAGCAUUUUUUUAUAAACCCUAUUAAAUUAUUUAUGAAAAAAUACUUACACCGCAGUAAUAUAUUUAUACUUUUGUUAAUUUUAUUUUGUGCCAGUACUUACUUUAAACAGCAUUUAAACACAAGCUUUUCGCCAUGUGUCUUGCCUCUUGUGAAAAUAGUCAUAUUGCUAAACGGCACAGUUUUUUUACUUGUUAUCAUCAUUUCUGAGGUCGUGCCUUAUUUCUGUGUAUUCGCUCGUAUUUGACUUGUUUCUCGCUAACUGUGUAAUAAUUGUUGCGACGACCGCGACCCAGCGAAAAAUUGUCACACAAAGCAAGAUACGUGGCUAAAGGUUUCUCAGGGUAGGCUUUUAGGGACUUAGUGAUAUUUCAGCUUUAGUGCGCUACUGAUAUUUAUAUUGUGAUACAAUGUAUUUUACCAAUGUUUUAUCAAGAGUAUUAAAAAUUGUAUUUUUAUAAAUAAAUGUUUUAAAAUCAA